AUGCCCGUUGUCACACGUGCUGCAGCAGUACGAUCCCAGUUUACUGGUGAUGAUGAAGGUUCAAACGAUCCUGCAACAUCUAUAGCAUCAUCUACUAAUAAAACAACUAGAAGAGGUCGAGGGCGACCAAAAAAAACACAAGAAGGUACAUUGCAUUUGAAUACCGAUUCUACUAAAUCAGAAACAACCUUAAUGUCACACCCUCAACCUCAAGAUUCCUUUAAGCUCGUUCAGUCCCUGGCAAUAGUGAUCAUUGUUUAG